CUGAGCGCUCCACUCUCUCCAGCAGCACCAGCGGCACCAUGAGCUCGUAUAGUUACGACCCGUAUUACACUUCGUACAAGCGCCGGGUGGUGGAGAGCAGCCCCCGGGUGCACAUCAGGAGCAGCUAUGUCUCUCCCAGCAGAACCACUUACUCUCCGGUGCUUUCCAGCAGUAUGCGCCGAAGUUACGCCGCCUCUUCUUCUUCCUCCUCUUCCUUCUUGCCCAGCAUGGACACCAUGGACCUGUCGCAGGUAGCGGCAAUCAGCAGCGACCUGAAAAUCGUGCGCACCCAGGAGAAGGCGCAGCUGCAGGACCUCAACGAUCGUUUCGCCAACUUUAUCGAGCGAGUGCACGAACUGGAGCAGCGCAACAAGGUCCUGGAGGCAGAGCUGCUCCUCUUGCGCCAGAAACACAACCAACCCUCGAGGUUGCGGGAACUGUACGAGCAGGAGGUCCGGGAGUUGCGCCUGGCGCAGGAUGAGGCGUCGGGGGACAGGCAGACUCUCCGCAACGAGCGCGAACGUUUGGAAGAAGCGCUGCGCGUUCUGCAGGGGCGGUAUGAAGAGGAAGCGCUGAGCCGGGAGGACGCGGAGGCCAGGCUCAUAGAUGUCAGGAAAGAGGCCGACAUGGCAGCCCUGGCCAGGGUAGAGCUGGAGAAGCGCAUGGACAGCCUCCUGGACGAAAUUGGCUUCCUGAAGAAAGUACACGAGGAAGAACUGGCGCAGCUACAGUCGCAAGUGCAAUACGCGCAGAUCUCCCUCGAAGUUGAUGUGGCCAAGCCGGACCUCAGCUCUGCCCUGCGGGAUAUAAGGGCCCAGUACGAGAAGCUGGCCUCAAAGAACAUGCAGUCCGCCGAGGAGUGGUUCAAGUCGCGAUUUACCGUCCUGACACAAAGUGCAGCCCGCAACACGGACGCAGUCAGAGCCGCCAAGGAUGAGGUGUCCGAGAGUCGCAGGAUGCUCAGCUCCAAGGGACUGGAAAUCGAGGCUUGCAGGGGGGUCAACGAUGCGCUCGAGAGGCAGAUUCAGGAACUGGAGGAAAAACAGAGCGCAGAAAUCGCUGGAAUGCAGGAUGCUAUAAACAAAUUAGAGGAAGAGCUAAGGAACACCAAGAGUGAAAUGGCGAGGUAUCUGAAGGAAUAUCAAGAUCUGCUCAAUGUCAAGAUGGCUUUGGAUAUAGAAAUUGCAGCCUACAGGAAGUUGCUUGAGGGGGAGGAGACACGACUUAGUUUCUCCGGGGUCGGAGCCAUCACUAGUGGGUACACGCAGAGUGCCCCUGUCUUUGGCCGUUCUGCUUACAGCCUGCAGAGCAGCUCUUAUAUGACUGCCCGGGCGUUUCCUACAUACUACUCCAGCCAUGUCCAAGAGGAGCAGCUUGACAUAGAGGAGACCAUAGAGUCUUCUAGAGCAGAAGAAGCCAAGGCAGAAGCCCCAGAGGAAGAAGAAGAAGAGGCUGCUGAGGGAGAAGGUGGAGAGGAGGCUGAAGAAGGUGAAGAGGGAGAAGAAGCCAAGGAAGAGGAAGCUGAAGAAGAAGGAGGAGAAGAAAAAGAAGAGGGAGAGGAAGAAGGAGAGGGUGAACCAGAGGGAGAAGGCGAGGAAGAAGGAGAAGGUGAGGAGGAAGAAGAAGGCAAAGGAGAUGAAGCUGCAGAAGAAGAAAGUGAAAAGAAAGAAAAGAAGAAAUAGAAUGUCAAGAGGGAGAAUAAUGGUUUCCCAGCUACUAGACCCACCUUUGCAAUUCCAAACUAUCACCAUACUCCAUCCCAUCACAACUUGAGUGAUAUAGAGCACUUCAUACCUUCACACUUUCCCUCCCAUGGUUAACUCUAUGGUUAAAUUACCCCCCCCCCCCCCUUAUCCACCAUUUGGACCCCAGCUUCAAGCAAACCAACCUGGCCCUUUCACCCCUCCCUGGUUCUGCAUGGUGAAAUAAGAGGGAGUUUUAGUUCCUGGAGUUCUUGAUUGUUUGAUCCUCAGUUAAGGACGGAUGUGAAACUGAUCCCUGCAGCACUGUGGGGUUACUUAAAGUCUUAGCGGCUGCUGCAGGGUUGGUGGCACAUUGUGUCUAAAUACCAAUAGGCUGGCAAGGUUACUUGAAUGUUCUCCUCUGUUCCCCUCUCCUAAUGACACCUUUAUAUCCAUCAUGCUGCUGAAGACUGGCACUGCAGGGCAAUAGAGAUCAGCUAAUGAAUGUAUUGGUGGCUGUUGUGGUACCCUGUCCUAUACCAGCCAAUAAAGGGGUAAAACUGCAUUCCA